AUGUCUGUGGAUGAGAAGCCUGACUCCCCCAUGUAUGUGUAUGAGUCCACAGUCCACUGCACCAACAUCCUCCUGGGCCUCAAUGACCAGCGGAAAAAGGAUAUUCUCUGUGACGUGACCUUGAUCGUGGAGAGGAAGGAGUUCCGGGCCCACCGGGCUGUGCUGGCCGCGUGCAGUGAAUACUUCUGGCAGGCUCUGGUCGGACAGACAAAAAAUGACUUGGUGGUCAGCUUGCCUGAGGAGGUACAGUGGAAAAAUGAGGUGCAGGGUCACAAACCAGUCAGAGAUGUGGAGACUCAGAUCCCAAAUGGCUUCCAACUGAAACCUUAUUUUCGCCAGUGUGGAAUCCAGGUUGUGGUUUUGGUGAAUGAGUUGGGAGCAGCGUGCUGCUUCUGCAGUCAUUCUCGUCUUGACAUGGCCGUGCUCUCACACAUUACCAACUCUUCCUGCCGACGGCCUCUCUCAUCUGUCUCCAUCUCCCUUCUCACCAUCAGUGCCUUCUGCUUCUGCAGUCAUUCUCGUCUUGACAUGGCCGUGCUCUCACACAUUACCAACUCUUCCUCCCGACGGCCUCUCUCAUCUGUCUCCAUCUCCCUUCUCACCAUCAGUGCCUUUGUUCUGGCCACCCUUGGCACUUGCCUGGACUUCUGUGACCAGCUUGCCCCAUCCAGGUUGUUCCCCAAAUGCAGCCUGAGUAAUCUCCCUAAUACUCCUUGA